AUCCAAAUUUCUAGGUGUGUGAUUGCUUGUCCAAUAAACCCCACCCCACCCCACCACUAGAUUCUACAAUGCUGAUAGCUUCCACAACCAUCCCACCACCUUACCCUCUUUCCUCCUCCGCCCCACCCACCACCACAAACCACCAUGCUCACCACCUUCUCUCCCUCCUCAACCAAUGCUCCUCAAUGACAGAGCUCAAACAAAUCCACGCCCAAACCCUCCGCACAACCCCAACCCACCACCCCAAACACCUCCACUUUCUUUACAGCAGAAUCCUCCACUUCACAUCUUCUACCAACAUUCACUAUUCUCUCAAAAUUUUCUCCCAAAUUCAAGACCCUAAUUCAUUUAUCUGGAACACCCUUAUCAGAGCUUGUGCUAGUAGCAAUUCCCACAAAAAACUAGCCUUUCAGCUUUACCAUGACAUGUUGAAUGAAGGGUUUGUUAUCCCUGAUAAACACACUUUCCCCUUCGUUCUUAAAGCUUGUGCUUACUUGUUUGAUGAAUUUGCAGGAAAACAAGCUCAUGCCCAUGCUGUGAAACUUGGGUUUGGGUCUGAUGUGUAUGUAAAUAAUAGUUUGAUUCAUUUCUAUGCGUCUUGCGGGUAUUUGGAUUGUGCACAGAAAGUGUUCGAUGAAAUGCCUGAACGAAGUGUUGUGUCGUGGAAUGCGAUCAUUGACGCAUUGGUUCGUUCCAGGGAGUUUGAUACUGCAUUGAGGUUGUUUAGAGAGAUGCAGGGUUGGUUUGAGCCGGAUGGGUAUACAUUACAGAGCAUCAUAUCAGCUUGUGCUGGUUUAGGAGCUUUGUCUUUAGGUGUUUGGGCUCAUGCUUAUGUUUUGAGGGUUCGUGAUGGUAAGUUGGGUACUGAUGUUCUAAUGAAUAAUUCAUUGGUAGAGAUGUAUUGUAAAUGUGGGAUGUUAGAUUUGGCUAAGCAGGUUUUUAACAGGAUGGUUAAACAUGAUGUUAAUUCAUAUAAUAACAUGAUUUUGGGACUUGCAAUGCAUGGCAAGUCUGAAUUAGCCCUAAAACAUUUUGAAGAUAUGACGAAUGGCGAGGGACUAAAGCCGAAUGCAAUCACAUUUGUUGGAGUUCUGAGUGCGUGUAAUCAUGGCGGCAUGGUUGAAAUAGGUCGUAAGUAUUUUGACAAGAUGGUAAGAGAUUACUCCAUAGAACCUCGAGUAGAGCACUAUGGAUGCUUGGUUGAUCUUCUUGCUCGAGCAGGAUUAAUAGAAGAAGCUUUAGACAUUGUUUCAAACAUGCACAUGAAACCAGAUGUGGUAAUAUGGAGAAGUAUUCUUGAUGCUUGUUGCAAGAAAAAUGUAGGCAUACAACUUAGCGAACAAGUCUUUGAGAAGAUCCUUGAAUCAGAGGGAGUUACUUCCACCACCUCCAGUGGUGUUUAUGUGCUUCUUUCCAGAAUUUAUGCGUCGGCUUCCAAAUGGAAUGAAGUUGGUCUAAUAAGAAAGUUGAUGAGUGAUAAAGGAGCAAGGAAAGAACCUGGGUGUAGUUCCAUGGAAAUAGAUGGUGUUCAUCAUGAAUUUUUCGCAGGGGACACUUCUCACUCUCAAACGAAGGACAUAUACCGGGUUCUGGAUGUGAUAAAUGAGAGACUUCACUCAGUAGGAUAUAAACCCGACAUUUCACAGGCACCAUUAGUGGAUGAUGAAGAUGAAGAUCAAAAACAACAUGCUCUUAAGCUGCACAGUGAAAGACUUGCCAUUGCUUUCGGGCUUCUAAAUCAGAAACCCGGUGUACCCAUUCGCAUAUUCAAAAACCUUCGUGUCUGCAAUGACUGCCAUGAAGUCACCAAACUCAUCUCUGAUAUCUUUGAUGUUGAGAUCGUUGUGAGAGAUCGAGCUCGAUUUCAUCACUUCAAAGAUGGCUCUUGUUCAUGCGCGGAUUACUGGUAACAUUUGAUCUACUUGAUGCAAUUUGUACACACUGUAUAGUAUUUCAGUUAGUAAUCUGAAAUAACAAACAGAGAACAUUCUGGUAGCGACUUUUUUUUCGUGGCUUGAACUAGAUACAAGUGAAAUAUAAAGACACCGGCUUAAUGCUGAUUUAUUUA